CCGACUACCAUGAACUCCUUCCUCACCCGUUAUUCUUCAACGUCCCCAGAGGCCGACAUCCGGAAGGCCAAGGAACUGUUUGGCGAGGACGGAGAUGUCUCCGACGUGAUGUGGGGCUCCGCGAGCGGCUUUGGUAACUUAGCGUCCGGUGUGCCUAUGUUCAAGCUCCCGUCCGUCCCAGACCCCACAUCCUUCCUUCGCAUGCACACAGAUGACCAUGCUGACCCUUCGUGCCGCAUCAAGAUCAAGCACGGUACGACUACGCUUGCGUUCCGGUUCCAGGGUGGUGUCAUAGUCGCGGUCGAUUCGAGGGCAACCGCGGGAAGCUACGUUGCUUCCGGCACCGUGAAGAAGGUUAUCGAGAUCAAUCCAUACCUGCUUGGAACGAUGGCCGGUGGCGCAGCCGACUGUCAAUACUGGGAAACAUAUCUUGGUAUCCAGUGCCGGCUGCACGAACUCCGCAACCGCGAGCGUAUUUCUGUUGCGGCCGCGAGCAAGUACCUCAGCAACCUAGUGUACAGCUACAAGGGAAUGGGCCUCAGUAUGGGUACAAUGAUCUGCGGUUGGGACAAGACGGGUCCUGCUAUCUUUUACGUCGACUCCGACGGAUCACGCCUAAAGGGCGACCUCUUCUCUGUCGGAUCCGGUAGUACGUUUGCGUACGGUGUACUCGAUCAGGGCUAUCGGUGGGAUUUGACCGACGCGGAGGCUCAAGAGCUCGGCCGGCGAAGCAUUUACGCUGCUGGCCACCGAGAUGCGUUCUCUGGCAACACCGUCAACCUGUACCACGUGAAGCAGGACGGCUGGCAAUUCAUCGGCAACUACGAUGUGUCGAAGCUGCACUACGAGGGCCCAGGAGACGUUCCGGGCGCUCCGGGUACCGGUUAUGGAUAUGAUCUGCGUGUGGCCGGACGCACCUCUUCCGAUGCACCACAAAGCGAAGGGCAGGCGUGAAUUGUUUGUUAGCAUGUACUGUAGUUCUGUUGCACUAGCCCUUCUGGACCCGAAUGAAUCCGAACAUGUUCGUGUGCACCAUAGAAGCGCC